AUGCGGCUUCCAGCGUCUGUCGGUCUCGUGCUGAGCAUGCUGCUCCUGUGGCUCCUGGGCGCUGUCUUUACGCCGAUAGACGAGAGAGGAGGCGUGCUGGCGCUGUCUGUCGCAGAUGUGAUCCUCCGCCACAUCCGUCCGUGGGUCUACGUCACCGCUGGCUUCUACCAUCCGUCCAUUGCACAGCUGGUCUUUGUCCUGCCGUUGGCGUUCGGUCUUGCAAAGCGCGUAGAGCCAGAUCUUGGCGCGCUGAACCUCGUGCGACUGCUGCUGUUUGCGAAUACUGCAGCGUCGCUGGUGCUUUUCGUGAACCUCUUUGUGCUCUACGUUGUCUCCCGGAACCCGAUUUAUUUGGACACAACGUUUUCUGGCUUUACAGGUGGACUCACGGCCUUGCUGGUUGCGUUUAUGAAGCCAACGCCAUUGGCAACGGCACCAUUCUUUCCAGGAGUCCCGCUCCGAUUCUACCCGCUUAUCGCAUGCGUUGUGUUCUCGCUCUGCACGCUGGCUGGAAUGACGUUCACUGCUAUUCCGGCUGUCAGUUCGAUACUCGUGAGUGCUGGGCCGUUUUCCGUGCUCGGAGGCUACUUCGGAUGGUUCUACCUCCGCUUUCUUAACAAGAACCGGGACCGGACAGUGGGCGAUGUAUCGAACGAAUUUGCUUUGGUCAUUUUGCUUCCGGACUUCUGCAUGCCACUCGCAAGCCCUCUCGCAAACUUUUGCUUCAGCGUGGUCAAGCUCUGCGGAUUCUUCAAGACGCGUGCAGCACAGAAGCCAAAGAUGCUGCCGAUCCUUACGGAAAUCAAGAACGACCCGAUCGCUGAACGUCGAAAGGCACGUGCAAUGAGGGCACUGGACGAAAAAUUGGCGAAGCUUGCUUGUGCUGGGCAUGACAAUGGAUCGCCGUCGCUGUUGUCGGUGCAUGUACACGACGACGAAGAGUAG